AUGACGAUCCUUUCGAGACCCACUCCCUCCCGCUCGCACCGUUCAUGGAAAGUUACCGUUGGCAGCCUUGAAGAGCGCCUCUGCGUUCAGCAACGCACAGAGGAGGGGCUCAAGAAAAAUAAACGACUUGCACAUCGUCUCUUUUACCGCGGCACGGAUCUUGCGCAGUUCCGCAUUAUUUACUCCUCUAACCCGCUGGACUACGCGGCAGACGCGGCGAGGCAACAUGCGGCCCAAAAGGAAGCAAAUACAUCUCCACGGGUGGUGCUGGCUGUCGCUGACGACCCCCAAGAGAUUAUGCGCGACUGGGAAACACUUGCGUUUCUCUGGAAGAAGCGCGCCGCGUUGAACACGAGCGACUUGCUGACGGCGGACAGCUGGAACAGACUGCGCGGUUGCAUCGCGGAUGUUCCUGUGCCGGCUGGCGCGCCAACGGUGGGCAUAGGGCCCAAAGCAGACGCUGAGCGUGGGAUGCUAAGAGGAGGAAGUUGUUGCUUUCCCUCUUCUUCUUCCCCCUCCAGAGCGUCAGCGGAGGAGGAGGUGUCAAGUCGGGAGCCACGGAGGCAAGAAGAAGCGAAGUUGGAUGCCUAUGACGUCUUCCUUACUCGUUUCAUGCGUUUAUGGCAUUGGCGUUACCCCUCGGGUACGUUCCUCUAUCUGCUUCUCCUGGCUCUUGCUUCGAGGUGCGGCACGAUGCAGUUCCCGGUUUUUUGUAUUAUGACGCUCCUGGCCGGACUUACGUAUCCCCUUGGAGCAAUGACCGACGAGGAGCUAGCGGAGGGUGGGCAAAUGCUUUCUCGGUUAGAAACGCUCCUCGGUUGGCGCAGCCCGCGGCAGGUGGUGACCGCGCUGAUCACCCUUGUCGUGGUGGAACACGUGGUGGAGCUUCUCUUUCCACAGUGGCGUUUCCUGGAUGCGCUGGAGCGUGUCUUGCUGCCCUUGCUGGCCGCAUCGCUUCUGUACAGCGGCGCGUCCCACGUCGCGGCGUCAGUGAGUCCGCAGACGCCCUUGGCCGCCAUCACGGACCACGCCCUCGAGGCACCCGCCAGUUUGGCUGAGCAAACCGUCGUGGACGGGGAAAGCGGGGAAAAGCAAUUCGUGAUGGACGGGCAUCUGGACGCGAGGCCUCCCGCGUUGGAUGCGUGCGGGAAGGCCCUUCGCGACGAACUGACACCCGAGGGACCCUUUUCUGCAAUCAUUACUCGCUGCAUCGAGUUUGCAUCAGUGUCGAACGGCUGGGUGGUGCGCGAGAGGCGGCGGAGCGGCGUGGUGGUGUUGGAAAAGCAGAGCCCUUACUCCAAAAAAUCGGCCGUGCUUUUUAUUGCCAACAUCCCCCACGCGAAUGUGGGAACGCUGCAACACGUGCUGCUCGACGAUCCUGAGUUUAAGGACGCCAAAAAUUCCUACGCAUACCAGUACGACAAGCUAUUGGCACAGAGGGCAAGCGUGGCGGCGUUAGGCAUAAACGAGAUAUUGGUUUUGACGCGCUACAAAUCGUCUCACUGGGGCGUUGCCUGCCGAGAGGUGCUGAACUGGGUCAGUUGCGCCAACCUUUUUACCCCGGCGCAGCAAGAGGCACUUGGGCUGCGGCGCGAUGAUGGCAACGGAUUGCUGGCUUUCGCCCAAUGCGGGGUGGCGUGUGCAGAUGACGCCGUUGCACUUCCACCCGCAAUGGCCUCGGAGUCUCAUGAGCGCGCGGCGGCGCACAUUUACCUCAUCAUGGGCCUUGAGGAGGCGGAUGGCUCGUUGACGCUUCACGUCUGCCACGACGUGGACCCCAAAGGCCGCCUUCCCGACCGAUUUCACUCCUUUGCAAACAAACAACACGUUGCAAAGUCCGAGGCAAUUAUGGCGCUGUUGGGCAGAAUUGGUCCCAAGCCAAACAUUGUGCGCCCGUACGUCAACGCGAGGGACUUUGAUCCUAUCAUCCGCCACGCGCCGUCGUGCGACAACGCAACGCCAAACGGGGACGCUGAAGCUUGUGAACACGCAAGGGAGCCGGCGCUCGAAAAAACUAUGCCCGACCCAGAGGUGGAAAGGAUUGCAAGGCGCUUUGUACAAGAGCUCCUCCUGCGUGAAUGGAAAUUGCAUUCCGAGAAAAAAGGCACCUCCCUCUGGACAACGACGACGCCGUGGUCUGACAGGAAGGCGAUGAGGACCAUCUCCUUCGUUCCUGGUGUGACGCUGGGUGAUGUGGAGGCCGUUGUGAAGGAUUUGAGCCUCGCAGCAAAGCUGGACAAGAGCAUUGAGAACAAGGUGAUAGUCGAGAAGGUUUCUGACGCCGUAACGUUGUACCGCACAACGUUUCACGCUCCGAUGUGGGGCGUGGCCGCACGCGACGUAGUAACGCGUGAGGCGGCCGCGUACUACCCUGACCUGGCCGAGUGCGAGGCACUGGGGCUUCCGCUUACCAGCGGGGUGUCGGAGGGUUCUGUGCUUCUCUGCGCUGGCGAGGACGCGACGGAGGAGUUGCCGACAACCCCCAACUAUUGCAGGGGGCGUGUGUUCCUCUUCGGUGUCUUAGCGGAGGAGGUGGAGGGCGAGCCGGGCGUCCGGGGCGUUCGUCUCGUGCGAUGUGCGGCGGCGGACCCAGGUGGAUCUAUUCCGAACAUUGUUGUGGAUGCCGCGCUAGUGAUGCAGUUGGAAAACGCAGCAAGGCUGUCGGCGUGCGUCAAGCAGCAUGCGUCUGCUAGGCGAAACGGUUCUUGA